CAGACAGCUGAUCUGGUCAAGAUGCUGAUAAUCAAAGCGACGGGCGACUGUCAGUGUCUCUUUGAACCUGGCUUCAUGGGUUUGGAGUGUCCUUGCCUUUACAUCUUUACAUGAUGUGAUCAGGGUUGCAGUUGCGCCGUCAUGCAUGCAUGAAGCUCAGCUGCCGCGUGAGCUUCAAUUCUGAGCUGCCGCUAUCCUGAAGGUGGAAGUUUCUUACACAUGAUUUACAGGCGCUCUUGCUGUCAUUAUCGAGCGAGCUGCGAGCUGGCAGCUGGGCCUCUCAGAAGGACAGCUGUCAGCACAAGAUAACAGGUCUCUUUAUCGGACCAAGUAUACACAGAAAUACAUUCAAAUAUGCAGAGGGCGGCCCCCUGUACGUAGCGCCUUCGCGGCACAUCCCAGACAUUCGUGCGCUGUGUCUACAAGCAAUAUCUUUCGCGGCCGAUCGUGUGAGCGUGCCAAAGAGUAGUGCCAAACAGAGUUAAACUUGGAGCUAGUGUAGCCGCCCCGUAGCCGCUGACUUCUGAAACUCCCGGAGGCUGGUAUCAGUCCAUCUCCCAGCAACAAUAUGGCGUCCAGAUUCCAGUUGGGAGGCAACAUGCAGUCACGAGUGAGCUUUGCCAUAGUUUGCGGGCUCUUACUCAUUGCUUGUGUGGUCUACCUUCUCAUGUUGGGGUCGUACUCUGGUUGGCGACUGGCACAGACCGCACUCCCGCCUGGAGCGGUUGGCGCAAGUUUACAAACCAGGAAGGUUGGAAAAUACUGUCCCAGGGGUGCACGAGCGUCCGGCCCUGGAACCAGCAAUGCCUCCGUCCCCUUUCAUUGGUUCCAGUUUUGUGAUGAUGCCAAUGUUACUCUUCUGGAUCCUUCGGGCCAGACCAGAGUCCCUGAGCGGCUGGGGCAAUUCUUGGGCGUUGGCGAUUCUGUGUACGGAUUCAAAGUGGAAAAGAGCGGGGCACACAGCAUUCAGCACCUCGGAAGGACUGUGGCGCAGAUGCAGCUGCAUCCUGACAGGUGUUCCUGUCCGGAAACCUUCCCAAAUUUCAAUGCAACCUACAACUGCUCUUCGACGUCCAGACAGACUGUACGCGAUGCUUAUGCGGCAUGGACUCACCGCCCUCUCAGUGAGAAGUCCUUCUUAGCAUGGACGGAGAUCCAUGGUGAAAGAAUAGUACACGUGUCUAUAAUUAACAACAAGCUAUACACCUUCCCCGAGACGUAUCCUGCAGAUGGGCACUCUAGGCCUUUUGUUGACAUAUACAUCAGCGUCCUGCUAUCAACCCUUCGAAAGGUCCAGAUUCCGGACGUGGAACUGGUGCUUACGUUGGGCGAUGGGGCGUCUAUAACCGCAAAAGACGCCAUCCCUGGGCUUACGAUUGCCGCGCACCCUUCUUUCAUCGAUAUUCCGGCGCCCAUAUCACCACUGGUCAAGGAGUAUUUCUCUGGCGACCUGUUCAGGGAGGCGUGCUCAGUGCCUCCGUGGCAAGACAGGAUCCCCAAGGCUUUCUUUUGGGGCGCUAAUACCGGCAUGACAACCACAACCGAGGAGAACCUGUAUCAAGUGCCACGAUUCUUGGCCGCCAGUACCAGCGUCAAAAGGCCCGACCUGAUCGAUGCGCGUAUUGUGCUGGGUCACAAGAACACCCUGGACAAGGCUUUCGACGAGGCCGUCGAAAAAGGUCUGAAUGCUUCAUUUGUACGGAAACCUCCAAUCGGGCACCAUAAGUAUCUACUCGAUCUUGAUGGGAACAGUGCUUCCUUCUUCCGCAUUGAGAAAGUUCUCCUUUCCGGGUCUUUGCUUGUAAAGCAGCGGUCCCCUUGGGUUCGCGACUUUUACCCGCUCCUACUGGACGGUGUGAAUUCAAUAGAGGUCGAACCGAACCUUGCUGAUCUAGUAAGGAAGCUCGAUUGGAUCAAACAACAUGACGAGGAAGCACAGAAGAUUGCGGAAGCUGGUUUUAAGCUGGCACUAGAAGGGCUGAGGACGGAAGAUAUCUACUGCUCAAUGGCAUUCCACCUCGAGAAUCUACACGUUUCCCUUGGUUUCCAAGCCAAGAUAAGAGAAGGUAUGAGGGAGGUGCCUCAAGACUCCCAGGAUGACUGUUCUUGUGGAAGGAACGACUCAGAGGAUUAUGCAGAAUGAUCUGGCUACACGGAGGAGUCUUGCUGCCGUUUGAGACGAUAUAGCUUGAAGGGCCCGGACAGUAAAGUGGAAGUAUAGGUUGUGUCGGUGAAUUGGAUACGAAUGUGAUCUGACUCUAUUGAAGCCAUUAAGGUCUGCGUAUCCACACCAAAAGACCCGCUGCUUGAAGAAGUAACGUUUGCAUCGGUCCAGAAGUUUCUGAAUAGAAUUUUCACAUUUCGAUCGAUAUCGCGCAUGUAUAACGCCUGUAAGCUAGCUCACUGAUCUUCACCUAUAGGGCGGUUUAUCUAGUUUAGACGUCUAUAAGCCUUCAUUCUGAUCCCAACGUAUUUCAGAGGUUUGGGGCAUCAAAUGGACCCAUAUAGAAAUGGACGCAAGAACACGUGAAUUUCUAUAUUAGUCAAGAAAGUCCUUAACUGCAUAUUCGACAGUUGUUUGUCACAAUAGGGGGAUCAUCUGUUUCUCGAUCAUCAAACUUUUGCUGUUUCCAACUGCAAGAGCGAUCAGUCACUGAUCGCUCAGUGAACCGGGUUGCAGUUGAUUCCGCUUGCCAG